AUGAAAAAAAAUUCAUUAUUAAUGAACGUAACAAAAUAUAUGAUCAUAGAUGGCAAUAAUUUUAUUAUUAAUAAAAAAAAGAAUUUAUUCCUUGAUGGAUAUGAAUUUUCUACACUUAAAAGGAAUUCACUAAUUAAGAAAACAGGAAUAUUAAAUAAAGAUAUAUAUAUAAAAAAGAGUUCAGGCAUUAUUUUAAAUUUGGAACAUUUAUAUAAAAAAUAUAUAUGUUCAAAUCAAAUUUUAGGAAAAGAUUCCUUGAAAUACUAUAGUGAAGAAAAAAAAAAUUUAAAGAAUUUAGAAGAUUUAGAUUUACAUAAAAAUAAUGAAUAUAUAAAAGAUGACAAAAAAAAUGAAGGAAUUUUAAUGAUUAAUAAUAAAAAUAAUAGAGAUACAUUGAGCAAUAACAUAAAUUUUAGUAAUAGAUUAUUGGAAAAAAAUAUAAUAAGCAUACAAAAAAACAAUAGAAAAAUUAAUUCUAAUAUAUUAAAAUAUUACUUAAAUAACUAUCUUGAAUUAUCAAAAUCUAAAUUAACAUUAUGGGUAACUUUAAGUAGUACAUUUGGAUAUUUUAUGUUAGGUGGUUCUUCAUUAAAAGAAUUUUCAGCUUUAGUAGUGGGUGUAUUUUUGUGUAGUAGUAGUGCUAAUACAUUUAAUCAAAUUCGUGAAAGAAAUAUAGAUAAAAUAAUGAAAAGAACUCAAAAAAGACCAUUAGCCAAUAAUAAAAUAUCAUUAAAGCAUGCAGAAAUAUUUGGUUUUACAUCAGCAAUAACUGGCUCAUUAAUAUUAUAUUUUUUUAAUAAUCCUUUAACAUCUUAUCUAGGUAUAUUUAAUAUUAUAUUAUACGCAUGUUUAUAUACCCCAUUAAAGUUAAAAACGCCUUACAACACCCACAUUGGUUCAAUUGUUGGUUCAAUACCAACAUUAAUGGGUUGCACAGCAGUUGAACAAAAUUUGUUUUUACCUGAACCAUGGAUAUUAUUUAUAACUCAGUUUUUAUGGCAAUUUCCUCAUUUUUAUUCUUUAGCUUAUUUAUAUAAAGAAGACUAUAUAAAAGGUAAAUAUAAAAUGUUUCCUCUUCAAGAUAAAAAUGGAAUAUAUACUGCAAAACUUUGUAGACCAUAUAUAAUUGGAUUAUCUUUACUCCCAUUGAUUUUUUUUUUUUGUGGUUAUACAUCCUAUAUGUAUAUUUUAACAUCACUAAUACCUAACUUAUUUAUUUAUUAUAAAUUUCAAAAUUUUUUAAAAAAACCCUCAAAAUGUAAUAUUAGAUCCUUUUUUAAACAUUCUCUAUGGCAUAUUAUUUUAUUAUUGGCAUUAUCGGCUUAUCAUACACAAAUUCCUGAUAAAAAUGAAAAUAAUAGUAGGAAUAUUAAGGAAAAUAAUAAAGAUACAAAGGAAAAUUCUUUAGAUCACAGUAUUACGAAGUUCAAAAAGAAACUAUUGAAAUUUUGUAUAGUGUUCUCAUAA